AUGGAUCAUUAAUAUAGUGAUUCUUUUUGUGAUAAUGAUUACAUAUAAGUUGGAAUUAGAAAUAUGUUGGUUUAUAUCAAAGCUUGUCAUCCAACUUGUUUAACUUGCAAUGGCUAUACUGAAUCGGAUUGUUUAACUUGUUUUGAUAGUUAAACUGUAUAAUUUGGACAAUGCAAAUGCAUUGAUUCAUAAUAAUUUUCAUAAACUUUUAUAGGUUGUAGAUAAGAAUGUAGUCGAGAUAAUUCUAUAGCUCGUUAUGAUAAAAUAUGUGUAGAAGACACUAGAAUAAAAUCAAAGUUUACCUUAUUUUAAGAUAAUAUAAUUCCUCAGUAAGAACAAAGAUAUUUGCCAUUAGUAUUUAGAAAUGAUGAAUUUCACCCAAAAAACACAGAUUUAAUAUUUGAAAAUUGUAAUGGAAUAAGUUUUAUAGGGAAACUCUAAUAUAGCGAAGGAAUUCUUUAUCAAAUGAGCCUAGAAAAUGCAGUUAAAUUUAUAAGAGUUCGUAUAACAUUUUAUUUGUUUAAUUUUCGAUAGACAAGUGAAAUUUAAAUUUUACACAAUAAUCAAUUACAAAGUAGAGUAAUAAAAGAUUCAUCAGGUUUCAAAGUUGAAAAUUCAUUAAAAAUUUUUGAGUUAGCUGAGAAUUGUGGAACUAGUUAUACUUUGUUAAGAGUAGAGAUGACAUUUUAAGUCUUUAAUGCUAAUCCUGUUAUUUACUUUUAAGGAUAACUUUAAUAAGAAAAUGAAUUUUGGGGAUUGAGAAAUGUUACUGUUGAUACUGGAUUUUGUUAAGAAAAUUGUUUGAUUUGUUCAGGAUUUUCUACUUGUUCAUAAUGUGAUUCAGUAUAUAGAUUAUAUAAAAAUUAAUGUGUUUAAACUUGCCCGAUUCAUUCAUCAAAUUGCUUAGAUUAUGAAGAUAUAAUUCCGUGUAAAAUAUAUUAUAUAUUUUAGAUUCAAGUUACUUAGCCAAAGGAUUUUAUAAUUUAAACAUGACUUAUGAUGAAAUAGAAGAAUUNUUAUAAUAGCAACAGAAAUUUAAAUGA